AUGCCCGGACCCAAGGUCACCAACGGCAACUCAAGGCGGCGGGAGGGGGAGGGGCGGGGCUGCGUGCGGUACAGGUGCCCACCAAUCAGAGCGCUGCAGGACGUGCUGCGGCAGCGGCCGGGCUGGCGGGAGGGCCGGGAGGAGGAGUGGGACUUCCUGUGGAGCGAGGCGGGCUGGCCGGGCCUGGGGCAGGGCUACCUGGAGGACCACAUGCGCGUCUGCCACUUCCAGAACCACUACGAGCUGACCCGCAAGAACCUGCUGGUGAAGAACCUGAAGCGGCACCGCCGGCAGCUGGACCGGGACGGCAGCCCGGCCGAGGCGGCCCGCUGCGGCUUCUACCCCUGCACCUUCCAGCUCCCGGGCGAGUACCACCUGCUGGUGGAGGAGUUCCGGCGCCGGCCCGGCAGCACCUGGAUCAUGAAGCCGGCGGCGCGCUCGCAGGGCAAGGGCAUCUUCCUGUUCCGCCGGCUGAAGGACAUCACCGACUGGCGCUGGGCCGGCGGGCGGCCGCACGAGGACGCGGCCGCCGUGGAGAGCUACGUGGCGCAGCGCUACAUCGAGGACCCCUACCUCAUCGGCGGCCGCAAGUUCGACCUGCGCGUGUACGUGCUGGUGACGUCCUUCCUGCCGCUGCGGGCCUGGCUGUACCGCGACGGCUUCGCCCGCUUCUCCGCCGUGCGCUUCUCGCUCAGCUGCAUCGACGACCAGUACGCCCACCUGACCAACGUGGCGGUGCAGCGCACCGCGCCCGCCUACGACCACGCGCGCGGCUGCAAGUGGCCCCUGCAGCAGCUGAGACGCUUCCUCACCGCCCGGCACGGCGCCUCCGCCGCCCUCGCGCUCUUCACCGAGAUGGACAACGUGUUCGUGCGCAGCCUGCAGAGCGUGCAGAAGGUCAUCAUCAACGACAAGCACUGCUUCCAGCUGUACGGCUACGACAUCAUCCUGGACCAGGAUCUGAAGCCCUGGCUGAUCGAGGUGAAUGCGUCCCCCUCACUGAACGCCACGUGUCAGCAGGACUCCGAGCUCAAGUGUCGGGUCGUGGAGGACGUGCUGAACGUGGUGGACAUGGAGGGCCGGCUGACGGGGCGGGAGACGCAGGUGGGCGGCUUCGACCUCAUGUGGAACGACGGGCCCGUGUUCCGCCAGGACGGGGGCCAGCCAGGGUCCGCCAACCCCUUCUGCAGCACCAACACCAACCUGGGCUGCUACAACGACCGCCAGACACAGCUGCGCAAGCUCUUCAAGCCCCUGGCCUCAAACCCAACCAAUCAGGGCCCAGGCCGGGGGACGGAUAACCAAUCAGGGCCCAGGCCAGGUGAUGAAGAACCAAUCAGGCACAGACUAGCCAUAAUGAAUGGGAGUUAA